AUGUUCAUUCAACGGGGAACAGGGUCGGUUUCUCGACCAGGCUGGCUGCUUCUGACAUUGCUGGUGGUCAUCCUCCCCUCGACCGUGGCCCAAUUCUGCACCUUCUGGGAUGGUGGCUGUGUCGAUCCUCUGGCCCAGACCGCCGUGACUUUCGACUUCCCUCCGCUUUUCCUCGAUGAUAUUACCCUCUAUUAUGGGUUCGACGCCAACCCUUCCGGCAAAGGACAGGAUCCCAUGAUCAAAGCGAGUUUCUGGCUACGAUAUGACGCCAAUCGUAUCGACAAUUCGGUCAUCCAUGUGAAUCGAACCUCGGAGAUCGCCUUUCGUGUCGGGAACUUGACGGGCACGCCGUCCGGGGGCAGCAAUGGCUGCGAAGGGGUAUGGGGCCAGCAAUGCACAGACAAUCUGAGGGACCUCCUGAAGGGGGCUUUCUACGAGCUGUCGAUGAAGGGAGAAUCUUACAGUUAUCCUCUUCAGGCGGUCCUCAAUAAAAUGCUCGCCCAUCCGCCUUUUCUUUCCAACUGCCCACCGCAAUUCUUCUCUGAUCUGCAGUCCUUGCCGGUGCAACCUUUUGCUCAGGAGACGGAACCCGACAAGACUGCGACGAUUCAAACCCCCGGAUUCAGCGGAAGUCCAUGGAAGACAUGGUUCAUCGAUAAUGUCACAUCCAGUCAACAGGCGGAACAAGUUGCGGUCGCGGUUAUCAGCCGAGCUCCCACCUUCAACGGCCAUCCGCUGCACAGCAAGGAUGAUGUCCAGAUUGAAUUUGUAUGCAUCCAGGCGCCCUCAUCAGGGGGGAGUUCGUCCACCAAAGACGGUUGA